AUGGAAGAGCCGAGGGAGCCGGGCAGCGGCCGGGACUCCACCGGGGAGGACAGCCUGUCCCUGUCCCCCAACCUGCCGUCCCCGCCCCUGCUGCCCCCCCACCAGGGGGCCCAGCAGAACCACAGAACCACCAACUUCUUCAUCGACAACAUCCUGCGGCCGGACUUCGGCAGCAGGAAGGAGCCGGCCUACCGCAGCCCGACCCCGGGCCGGGAGAACGUGAACCCGCUGGCCGGCAGCCUGUGCCUGGACUCGAACUGCAGCAGCGACAGCACCGAGUCGUCGCCUUGCUCCUCGUCCUCCACCUCCUCGUCGCCCUCGUCCAAGCAGAACUCGGCCAAGCAGCAGGGCGAGGCGGCGGGGGGCACCGGCCCCGGGAGGUACGCGGACAGCCCCUCGUCCAUCGUGGUGGUGGGCAGCGGCACUGGGGCGGCCGCGGCUCCCAGUAAGGAGAGCCAGCCGCUGCUGUGGCCCGCCUGGGUCUACUGCACCCGCUACUCGGACCGGCCCUCAUCUGGCCCAAGGACACGGAAACUGAAAAAGAAGAAGAGCAGCAAGGAGGACAAGCGGCCCAGGACUGCGUUCACGGCCGAGCAGCUGCAGAGACUGAAAACUGAGUUCCAGGCCAACCGCUACAUAACGGAGCAGCGGAGACAGUCUCUGGCCACGGAACUCAACCUGAACGAGUCCCAGAUCAAAAUCUGGUUCCAGAAUAAGAGGGCCAAGAUUAAAAAGGCCACCGGCUACAAGAACGGCCUGGCCAUGCAGCUCAUGGCCCAAGGACUUUACAACCACUCCACGACCACCGUGCAGGAGGAGAAGGAGGAAAGUGAAUGA